UUAAUCUUGUGAAUGUGAAAGGUUACCAAUAAAAUAGUUUUUUUUUUAAAUAUAUAUUUCAGUUUUCCCCCGCUUGAGAAAGGAUAAUUGAUUAGCUACUUAUGAAAGUCAUGAGUGAGGCGGCGACAUUGUGACGUUCCCACAGCGUGACGUCGGAAGCACGUGUAUCAACUGUGGAGCAGCAACCUCUAUGUGAUGUCAAGGAGAGUACGUUAGCGGUGUUCUGAACCGAGACUGGUUUAAACCUUUCUCCAUUCAUUACGCAUUUUUCAUCGGAAUAACUGUAACCAAGCACGUCACCUGCAGUCCUUCAUGAUUCACUCCACUGAGCCUUCACUUACCCUUCACUGAUAAUCCAGGGGUCACAUCACUCUGUGUGCUCCUCCCCAUACCUCACGGCAUUAUGGGGGACGUAGUCCUAAUGCACUUCAGCACAGUGGAUUAUGUGAUUUUCGUCGUGCUGCUAGUAGCCUCUGCAGGAAUCGGCCUUUACUAUGCCUUCUCAGGGGGUUGUCAGAGGACCACACAGGAGUUCCUGCUGGCCGACCGCAGCAUGCGCUGCCUUCCAGUGUCCCUUUCGCUGUUGGCCACCUUUCAAUCAGCAGUGGCCAUCCUGGGUGCCCCAUCUGAGAUUUACACACAUGGCACGCAGUACUGGUUCCUGGGUUGCUCCUAUUUCCUUGGCCUGCUCAUCCCUGCGCACAUUUUCAUACCUGUUUUCUAUCGGCUCCACCUCAGCAGCACAUAUCAGUACUUGGAGCUUCGUUUUAGUAAAAGUGUUCGGAUAUGUGGCACUGUGACCUUCAUCUUUCAGAUGGUGAUCUAUAUGGGAGUUGUCCUGUAUGCUCCAGCACUUGCACUUAAUGCAGUAACCGGGUUUGACCUUUGGGGGGCUGUGCUGGCCAUGGGAUUGGUGUGCACGUUUUAUACAGCUUUGGGCGGUCUGAAAGCAGUGAUCUGGACAGAUGUGUUCCAGACAAUCGUGAUGUUUGCGGGGCAGCUGGCAGUGAUUAUAGUGGGUACCCAUCAGGCAGGUGGCAUCGCUGAAGUAUGGAAGAAAGCACAAAACGGCAGCCGUAUCUCAGGCCUUGACCUGAACCCUGACCCUUUGGAGAGGCACACAUUCUGGACUCUGGGAGUCGGGGGGGUUUUCCUCAUGCUAGCCCUGUAUGGAGUGAAUCAGGCUCAGGUCCAGAGAUACCUUUGCUCCCGCACAGAAAAAGAGGCCAUCAUGUCCUGUUAUGCAGUAUUCCCAUGCCAGCAGAUUGUGCUCUCAAUGGGCUGUUUAAUGGGUUUGGUUAUGUACGCCCGAUAUGGGGAGGAGAGCCCACUGGAUAAGGGCUACGUCAAAAGUAACGACCAGAUGGUGCUGUACUUUGUAAUGGAUGUGUUGCAAGAUCUUCCUGGUUUGCCAGGACUUUUUGUUGCCUGCCUGUUCAGUGGCGCUCUUAGCACUAUCUCAUCUGCCUUCAACUCCCUGGCAACAGUUACCAUGGAGGACCUGAUCAAACCUCACGUGUCACCCAUGACAGAGGCCCGUGCCACCUUGUUAUCGAAAAUGUUGGCACUUGGCUAUGGUCUUGUGUGUCUGGCUAUGGCAUACAUCGCCUCUUUAAUGGGUUCUGUGUUGCAGGCAGCACUCAGUAUAUUUGGGAUGGUGGGGGGACCUCUUCUUGGUCUUUUCUGUCUCGGGAUGUUUUUCCCUUGGGCCAAUUCCACUGGUGCUCUUGUUGGGCUGUUAUCGGGGCUGGUCAUGGCUUUCUGGAUCGGUAUCGGAAGCUUUCUUUCACGAAUGUCUGCAUCUGCGCCACCUUUGAUAAAUGCCACCAUCAUACCUGAUGUAGGAAACAUGACCACAGCUAUCAUGACGACGCUCAUCACAUCUAAACCCAGGCCUUCUGGAGUUCAGGCUCUGUACUCUUUAUCAUACAUGUGGUACAGUGCUCAUAAUUCUGCCACAGUUGUGGUGGUUGGACUACUGGUCAGCUUUCUGACGGGGCCUUCGAAGGAGAAAGAUUUAAACCCAGGCACGAUUUACCCUGUGCUUGGCAAUUUGCUGUUCUUUCUGCCCCAACGCUACAAGGAGAAACUGUGCUGUGUUACCCCACUGGAUGACAAGUCUAAAGUCAUGGACCAACAGCCUUACCAGAUGGCCCAGAAAGAGAGCAAUGGCAUUGCCGGCACUAAAGAGGAAGACCAGCUCAGGGAAGAGGAAGGAGAACAGAAAUCCGCCCAGCCUACUUGCAACCUGGCCCAUACGUUGCAGGAAACAGCCUUGUGAAAUGUCCCAUACAGCGACAGUCCUAAAUGGUCUUAGUUUCCUACAGGACGUCGGUUAUGAUGCCAAAACAGCGUGCAAAUUCACAAUCUCACUGUUUUCCCCUCUUGAAUUUGGUAAGAAUCUUAAGUGCAUAAGUUAUAUUGUGGGCCCUUUGCAAUAUUAGUACGCUGUGCCCUCAACUGCCAGUGAUCUCGUUUAUAUGUGGUACCUUUUGAUGUCAGUGGUCUGUCAUAAAAAUUAGAUUACGUUUAGAUCUUGAAUGAUUUGAGAUGUAUUGAGCGAUACAAGUGAUCACCUAAACUUAGUUUACAUUUCCUAAACUGAAUGUCAAGAAUACUUGGUUGAAUAUUGCUGGUUCUUGAUAUACAUACACCCACACAUCAAAAAAAUCAUGCUGAACGUCAGGUUUAUGGAUGGUUUAUCAGCAGAAAGAACUACAUUUGCACAAAUCUAUAGUCGUUUAAUGUCAGUGCCAUUCGAGUUUUGGGGUUUUUCUCUCCCAGAGAUUUAGUUUCGUCCAAAGUUCACUACAUUUGCCUUUCCAUUCUGUUGGCCUUGAAAGCACUACGGUCCAUGUGUUUGUUCCCUAAACUGAGUUAAAAGUUUACAGUGAAUGAAGAAUUGCUAAUACUGCAAAUGUCAGUGUAGUAAACUUUUAGCUUGACAUUCAUGAAAGACCAUUCGACUUGAAGAAGCCUCAUGUUGUGAUAGAUACAGUGAAUCUAAUGCAUGCUGAAUCUCUAGUUCCCUCAUUGAAGCCCAUUGUUUGUGACAAGUGCCUCCUCAUAUGAAUGUAUGAUGUAGUUUUGUGACUGGAUCAUUGCUUUAGUUUGCCGUUUCUUCGCCUAGCCCAAAUGCCCAAAUGGUCCUGACCUUGAUAGUAUCUGGAAGUAUCUAGAAGUAUCUGGAUACCUCACUAUUGAAUUCCCAUGAUGCUUUGCAUUGUGAGAGCCUGGCUAAUUAUAAUUUAGCAUCUCAGAAAAAGUUUUAAAUUUGCCUGUAUUAAAGAUUAUUUUGGUAUGGAUGAUUAUUUACCAAAUGGUCAUGUUAGAAAUGUUCUUGUAGACAAGUUCUAAGAAUAGCCUAAUCAAAUAUUUGAUCUUAGAUAUAGAAGUAAAGAUAUGUGUUAUUGUAUCAAGACUAACCGCACAGAAUUGAAACUUUAGUGUGUUACUGACCAUAAUUCUCAGUGUUAGCAUAUGGAUUGAUUUGGUUGCACUUGUUUUCUUGUGAUUUGAUAUGUUUUUUUGAUGUUGUAAUGGGAUUUUCUGUGCUUUGCUGUCUAGUCUAAAUUCAUACCUCAGUCUAAGCCAAACCAUUUGUAGUUGCUGUAGGAUUCCUAGGUCCUUGUAUUGUGCCUAUGACUGGAAUGAAAGCUUUCUCUGAACCUGUCACAAUCUCACAAUCACAGGCAGUCAGUUAUAUUUUCUGGUUAUGAACUCAUACAGUUCAACAGUCUCUCAUCUAUAAUCCAUUUUUUUUUUGUUCGUUUGUUAUUGUGGGUGUAUCAUCUUGGUCUGGUGACAGGUUUCAGUUUAACAUUUGUCUCUAAUGAAUCAUCCUAUGUGGAAUCAUGUUUGUCCCAUGUGCAAACAUAAGUCAUCGGUUCACACAGAGUGCAUUUUUAUAUUCCACUGUGGUGUGUUUUUAAAAUUAUUUUCCAAAGUUAACGCACUGUUGCGCCACAUCUCAUUGAUUUUUCAGCAUCCCACUCAUGAGUGAUGCAUUUGCACAAUUUAAAAAUAAUUUAAAAUAGAAGCUUUAUUUUAAAUGCAAGAAUCACAACUUUUAUCGCUGUGCCACGUGUUCACUACUCAUUCAGAUCGAUUUUGUAAUGCUCUUUUUGUUUUUAAGCCACAUUUUGUCCAUCUGCACUUCUUUAGAAUAUCACGCAAUGCACACUAUAAUUUUAGGACACUACUUCAUGUUAAACAAGGUUUUUAAAUGGAUCUCGAUGCACAAUUACACAUCCCACGUAAAUUUCCCCAAGGGUUUUACGUUUAGUUGAGUGAUGACCACUCUACAUUUCAUAGUAGCUUCACGCCUAUAUUGACAGCAAUGAAUUAUGACAUAAAUCUUUAGCCUAUCUAAUGGUACCUUACAGUAUUCGAUUCAAAACUAGACAGGGAAUAGUAUUUGCUGUGAAAUGACUGCAGUGGAGGAGAUAUGAGUUUAAAGAGGUCAUAUGAUGCAAUUUCAAGUUUUCCUUUCUCUUUGGAGUGUUAGGAGCUCUUGGUGCAUAAAGAAGAUCUGUAAAGUUGCAAAGAUUUAAGUCUCAAAUCCAAAGAGAUUAGUACAGACAAAAAAAGUUUGGACCCACCUUCUCAUUCAAAGAGUUUUAUUUUCAUGACUAUGAAAAUUGUAGAUUCACACUGAAGGCAUCAAAACAAUGAAUUAACAUGUGGAAUUAUAUAUGGAAUUAUAUACAUAACAAAAAAGUGUGAAACAACUGAAAAUAAGUCAUAUUCUAGGUUUUUCAAAGUAGCCACCUUUUGCUUUGAUUACUGCUUUGCACACUCUUCAUACCUCAGUCUAAGCCAAACCAUUUGUAGUUGCUGUAGGAUUCCUAGGUCCUUGUAUUGUGCCUAUUACUGGAAUGAAAGCUUUCUCUGAACCUGUCACAAUCUCACAAUCACAGGCAGUCAGUUAUAUUUUCAGGUUAUGAACUCAGACAGUUCAACAGUCUCUCAUCCAUAAUCCAUUUUUUUUUUUUUGUUCGUUUGUUAUUGUGGGUGUAUCAUCUUGGUCUGGUGACAGGUUUCAGUUUAACAUUUGUCUCGAAUGAAUCAUCCUAUGUGGAAUCAUGUUUGUCCCAUGUGCAAACAUAAGUCAUCGGUUCACACAGAGUGCAUUUUUAUAUUCCACUGUGGUGUGUUUUUAAAAUUAUUUUCCAAAGUUAACAAAGAGUUAGUCAAAGAGUUUUCUUUAUUUUCAUGACUAUGAAAAUUGUAGAUUCACACUGAAGGCAUCAAAACUAUGAAUUAACACAUGUGGAAUUAUAUAUGGAAUUAUAUACAUAAGAAAAAAGUGUGAAACAACUGAAAAUAAGUCAUAUUCUAGGUUUUUCAAAGUAGCCACCUUUUGCUCUGAUUACUGCUUUGCACACUCUUGGCUUUCUCUUGAUGAGCUUCAAGAGGUGGUCACCUGAAAUGGUCUUCCAACAGUCUUUAAGGAGUUCCUUAGCACUUGUUGGCCCUUUUGCCUUCUGUCUGCGGUCCAGCUUACCCCUAAACCAUCUGGAGUGGGUUCAGGUCCGGUGACUGUGGAGGCCAGGUCAUCUGGCGUAGCACCCCAUCACUCUCCUUCUUGGUCAAAUAGCCCUUGAUGCCUUCAGUGUGAAUCUACAAUUUUCAUAGUCAUGAAAAUAAAGAAAACUCUUUGUGUCCAAACUUUUGGUCUGUACUGUAUAUCUAUUUAGCCUACAAAAAAAAUCUUAUGCAUUGCAAUCCUUUAAUUUUUAAUAUUUGGCAUGUUUGUGUGCUGCUGUGCAUCCCUGUGUUUAAUAAGCAGCGUGUACGCUCUUUAAAUAACAAAGAAAAAACAUUGUCUAUUUUCAGCUCCUUAAAAAAAAGCAUUGCGCCUGAACACACCUCAGCAACAUCAUAUGACCUCUUUAAUGCUUCUUUAACAUGCAGUGACUCUUUUUUUUAAUUCAUCCAGUUCAAUCUAUUAGAAUGAUGUUUACAUUCAGGUAUGAAAAUAAGAAAUGGUCUGAAUAUUAGUAACAUUCCAAUCAGAGGGUCCAACACUGAUAAUCUCUUUAUUGUAAAAUGUAAACAUAGCUUGAUUUCUCAUCUGUCACUAUAUUCACUGUGUAAAAGUUUUUUUUUUUUAACAUUAUUAGUGUCAUGAUGUACGUGUCAGACUGCAUAUAGACCUGCCAUAUGUCAUACCUGAAAUUACUUGAACUAUGUGUGCAAAAUGCUUUAAAACUCUCAUUUUUUUAUAGUACAGAGCAUUUGCAUUUAUAGACUCCACUGAUCAUUUCAUUUUGUCCUAAGAAUGUCUUAAUUCAGAAAGCAUUUCCCCUGUGAGCAGUCAAAGGAGGAAUAAAUCACAUGCACAUUUUAAAACUGCCUACAACAAAACAAACUGUUAAGGCACAGGCAGGGAUCGACCUAUUAUAAACUAUGCUGUCCUACAAUCUAAAACUGUGUAACCCUAAGAGAAUUAACCUUGGGGGCCCAUGUGGGGUGGGGGGAGGUUGGGGGACUAUGUGAACUGUACUGUGAGAAUAGUUUUUUAUGACAUUUUUUAAAUACUCAUUUUAUAUGAUAAGCGCAACUCUCAUAAGUGCAAAAUAAAUAUUUCGAUACAUGAUAUUUAUGUUUAUAUAAAUAUUAUGAGAAUAUUUAUUUUUUUAAUAGAAGUUUACCUAUAUUUUAUUUUCCCAAUUAUGCAUUCCAGAAAGCCAUAAGCAAUGGAGUCUGACCAGCUUCAUUCCUUUGGUCGUGCCUUCACUUCUCUUUGUCUCUUUAUUUGAUUGGUCAUGAAAGUUCUUGCCGAGAACUUUCCAUUAUGUGAAAAAGAGGCAAGUUGCAUUGGCCAGCAGAGCGUCUAUAGCGAUGAUACCUUUUAUUUAUGUAGAUGAAUGCAGAACAGAGGAAUAGAAAUACUUAGCCACUCUAGUGGGCAUUACUUUGAAUCACGAAAACUCAUUUUUCCUCUUGAUGAAAUGUUUGUAACGAAAGAGUGGUAUACAAUUUGUCUUGAUAACAAUAAAAAAUAUCUUCCCGAC